GGAUUUGAAGAUGACAUAAGAGAAGUUUUUGAUCAUUUCAAAGCUCAAAGGCAGACUCUUCUAUUUUCUGCCACUAUGCCAACCAAAAUUCAGAACUUUGCCAGAAGUGCUUUGGUGAAACCUAUUAUUGUCAAUGUAGGACGUGCAGGGGCAGCAAAUCUUGAUGUAAUUCAGGAGGUAGAGUAUGUUAAGCAAGAGGCAAAGAUAGUUUACCUCCUUGAGUGCCUUCAGAAAACCCCACCCCCUGUUCUGAUAUUCUGUGAGAACAAGGCUGACGUGGAUGAUAUCCAUGAAUACCUUCUGUUGAAAGGAGUGGAAGCAGUGGCCAUUCAUGGAGGCAAGGAUCAGGAAGAGAGAGAGUAUGCCAUUGCAGCCUUUAAGGCUGGAAAGAAAGAUGUGUUGGUAGCAACUGAUGUUGCAUCCAAAGGUUUGGAUUUUCCUGAUAUUCAGCAUGUC